CUCAUCUUUCUUCGGAAAGCUUCGCGAGCCUUCUCGGAUCCCGUACCCGGCCUUGGUUGAAGGGAGAGCGUGUGUGGCUGAAUUUUGUGACACGAAGUUAGUGGCGGUAGCUGGGCUGACCCGGAGCUUUCGCCGCCAUGAGCCGGAGUUACAACGAUGAGCUGCAAUAUCUGGAUAAACUCGACAAGAACUGCUGGCGCAUCAAGAAGGGCUUCGUGCCCAACAUGCACGUGGAAGGUGUGUUCUAUGUGAAUGAUCCUUUAGAGAAAUUGAUGUUUGAAGAGUUAAGGAAUUCCUGUCGAGGGGGAGGUGCUGGUGGUUUCCUGCCAGCCAUGAAGCAAAUUGGAAAUGUGGCUGCGCUGCCUGGCAUCAUCCAUAGGUCUAUAGGGCUUCCUGAUGUCCAUUCUGGCUAUGGCUUUGCCAUUGGUAACAUGGCUGCCUUUGAUAUGAAUGACCCCGAAGCUGUGGUAUCACCAGGUGGUGUCGGCUUUGACAUCAACUGUGGUGUACGGCUGUUGCGUACUAACCUUGAUGAGUGUGAUGUCCAGCCUGUGAAGGAGCAGCUGGCCCAGUCCAUGUUUGACCACAUUCCUGUCGGUGUAGGAUCCAAGGGUGUCAUUCCUAUGAAUGCCAAGGAUUUGGAGGAGGCUCUGGAGAUGGGAGUGGACUGGUCCCUGCGUGAGGGUUAUGCCUGGGCUGAGGAUAAAGAGCAUUGUGAAGAAUAUGGGAGGAUGUUGCAAGCUGAUCCAAAUAAAGUAUCUGCAAGGGCUAAGAAAAGGGGUUUGCCUCAGCUGGGGACUCUGGGAGCCGGAAACCAUUACGCUGAGAUCCAGGUUGUGGAUGAAAUUUAUAAUGAGUAUGCUGCUCGGAAGAUGGGUAUAGACCACAAGGGACAAGUGUGUGUGAUGAUCCACAGUGGCAGCAGAGGCCUGGGCCACCAAGUAGCUACAGAUGCCCUCGUGGCUAUGGAGAAAGCUAUGAAACGAGACAAGAUCACCGUGAAUGACCGCCAGCUGGCUUGUGCCAGGAUUGCUUCCCAAGAGGGCCAGGAUUACUUGAAGGGAAUGGCAGCAGCUGGAAAUUAUGCAUGGGUCAAUCGUUCUUCCAUGACUUUCCUCACUAGACAGGCUUUUGCCAAAGUCUUCAAUACCACCCCUGAUGAUCUGGACAUGCACGUAAUCUAUGAUGUGUCACACAACAUUGCUAAAGUAGAGCAGCAUGUGGUGGAUGGAAAAGAACAGACCCUGUUGGUGCACAGGAAAGGAUCAACUCGGGCUUUUCCUCCGCAUCAUCCCCUCAUAGCUGUCGAUUACCAAUUGACUGGCCAGCCAGUGCUGAUUGGUGGGACUAUGGGAACGUGUAGUUAUGUCCUUACUGGUACAGAGCAAGGCAUGACUGAAACAUUUGGAACCACUUGCCAUGGAGCGGGUCGUGCACUGUCCCGAGCCAAAUCCCGACGCAACUUGGAUUUUCAGGAUGUCUUGGACAAGCUGGCAGACAUGGGGAUUGCAAUCCGCGUUGCUUCUCCCAAACUGGUCAUGGAAGAAGCACCUGAAUCUUACAAGAAUGUGACAGAUGUGGUCAACACCUGCCAUGCAGCUGGCAUCAGCAAGAAAGCCAUUAAACUGAGGCCCAUUGCAGUUAUCAAAGGCUAGCGAAACUGACCAGAAUCAUCGUCAUCCAAGACCUUUUUGCCACCCAGAGUGCUUGGUGACUGUAUUCUCUGUAUAGUUGGAGAUAUCAACUGACAUAGAUUCUUUAUUGUUGGAACUCAUGGAAUAAGGAGUGUCCAGAAAAUGUUCUUUGUUUUGAGGAAGGGAUAAACCAUGACAUGUUGCCACCUGAUUUUAUGGAGCAAUGUCUGAAACCAGUGGAAUUUCUUUUAGCAGACUGUUGAAGAAUGGUCAUUACUUGCUGCAACUGUAGCCAACGUUAGUUCUGUAAUUUCUGAUCUAUGAGGAAGCAUUUCUGAUGGAGGUGUUUUCCGAUGUAAGCCGAGUACAUCUCUUCAAGAUGGUCUUCUGUUUUUGCAGACUUUAAUUUGACGAGUCCUUUGCUUUAAAAGUUUAGACUCCUCUGAAAUAGGACCAUGAACAGAAUUCAGUUAUCAGUAGAUAUACUAAACAGUUGAAAGGGAAGUUUUGUAUGCUUUACUGGAAGAAGUUUAAUAGUGCCACACAAUUGACAAUUGGCCCACAAAUGUUCUGUCUGAAAGUCCUUGAACAGAUAGUUGCAUUGUAUCUUUGCACUAAUCGAGGAAGCUGUUUUCUGAGGGUAAGCUUUUACCAGCUAUUUUGCCCCAUUACAUAUCCUAGGAUAUACCAAGUGCAGGUAGUUCAGUGUGCCCCUCAUGCCAGGUAAUAAAAUAGUGACUGGCAUAGCUAGCACAGGUGUUGUCCUGGUACUAUUCUGUGUAUGUUAGUGACACCUAUGAUUGAUCUGUUGGUAGGUAGGAAUGACCAUGCCAUGUUAUAGCAGUAGUGAUGGCUUGAUGGGAUCUGGAUCACAGGUAUGACUUUGACAUUGGCAUAGUCAUUUAUCCUCUUGCAUUUGAUUGGAAUGCUGAAAUCAUUUUACCAAAACAUCUGAGGCCUUGACAUUUCUAAAUAAAACAGAGAAGACAUUCUCUGUCACUGACAAGAACUGACAUUUGGAGAAUGAGGAAAGUGUUUUAUAUUUAAAGAUGGAGAUUUUGUUUGAAUAUCAGGGUAACAACCCUUUCACUUCUAAUGCAACUCUAGAAGAAUCUCAGGUCCUGCAUGUCAGUCUCAUUUGAUUUAUUUCACAGGGGGAAAAGUUACUGGCAUGUAUAAAAAUUAAAUUGUAGACAAUAGAGGGCAUCUAUUUCAAAUAAAUAGUCACCAAGGGCCAAAUAAAGAUGGGGUGGGGGAAGGCUUAAAACAGCACAGAAAAGAGGUCAUUUUUUGUACAUGUGUGAGAGUGAGUGUGAGGACUUUGUCUAACACUUUACAUGUGGACUUGUGAAUAAAUGCCCAUGGGUUCCCUUGCUGUGUCUCCUUUGGCCUUGAAAGAGGGGCAGAAGCUAUAAAAUGCUUUCCAUGGUAGUGCAAAUAAAAGUCACUUGUUAAAGUAUGUAA